AUGGAGAGGAACCAAGUUGCAGCAGUCAAUACUCAACCACCAGCUCAAGAAGGGGUGAAUUCAGAGGAAGGAGGUGAUUGGGAACAAGCCAAUUAUGUUAGAAACUCAUCAAGAGAACCCUAUGAUCCAUACUCCAAAACCUACAACCCUGCCCUCCAGCAGAUGUGUUCAUAUAUUAAGUGUUUGAAGGAGUUGCUAAUCAAGAAGAGUACCUUAAAGGGUGGGCAAACAGUAGUGAUGAAUAAAGAGAGCAGUGCCCUCAUCCAGAAGGACUUACCUACAAAGAAGAAGGAUCCAGGGAGUUUCCACAUCCCUUGUGCUAUAGGAGAUACAAUGAUUGAUAGAGGGUUUUGUGAUUUGGGAACAAGCAUAAAUAUAAUGCCUCUGUCUCUCAUGAGGAAGCUACAAAUUAAUGAGUUGAAAUUCACAAACAUAACCCUUCAACUGGCUGACAAGACCCAAAAACAAGCACUAGGAGUAGUCAAAAACGUGCUGGUGAAGGUAGGGAGGUACUUCCUCCCUACAAAUUUUGUUGUUCUGGAAAUGGAAGAAAGUUAUCUUCAUCCAAUUAUCCUGGGAAGACCAUUAUUAGCCACAGCCAGAGCACUCAUAGAUGUUGAGCAAGGGGAGUUGAUAUUGAGAAUACAUGAUGAACAACUCACCUUCCAUGUUUUUAAACCUUCACAUGAGUCAGAACAAGAGAACAAAGACCUAAAGGAAGAUCACAAGGAAGUAAUUCUGAAGGAAACAAGCAGUGAAUCACAAGCAGAGCUUCUGAAGAUAUCUUUAGAGGAAAAACAAGAAGCUCAAGUGAUACAACAAUCGAAGAAGCCCAAGGAAGAGCUGAAACCUCAAGAGUCAAGAGUCAAAAGGGAUAAUCAACAAGGACCCUCCUGA